UCUGUCAAGCAGUUUAAUGCAGGAAGCGGGAAGAGGAUAACGGUAGAUUUGUGUGUCCGAGGAAUAUACUCAUGUUGUUCUCUUGAUUCUGCAGCCUUACAUCGACCUGUGUGGAAAUACGUUUUGUCAGCCCCUAAGUUGUCGACUUACUGAAUUUGGAGUGUAAACAACAAAGGCUUUUCCGUGGAUCGGCAGUGUUUUGGUUUCUAAGCUUCACGCUCAAGUUCAGAGGCGUGCGAAGCUUGCUUCUUGAGUUACAGCUCGCUUUGGAUUUUCCCAGACAAAGGAUUUCUGCUCUCUUACGCCAUGGCAUCCUGUGUGGUGGUGACAGCUAUAAUAUGUGUGCUCCUCACCACUGUGGCAACAAUCGUAGCAUUUGCCACACCCAACUGGCUCAAGUUUCGUGACAGCAGCGUUGACAUUGCCAGCAGCCUGUGUAAAUGUGAGAAAUGUGAUUGUGGACUAUGGAUGAAGUGUGCGGGGAGCCCAGCCAUGGACUCUGCCUCCCUUGACAACUGCAACACAUUCUUUGCCCAGGAUAAUUUAAUCGAGAAAAGCUUGCCAGACUGGUUCAAGGCUGUUCAGGGUCUCAUGUCCUGUGCCGUGGCAUGUGCUCUCAUCUCCCUCUUCAUCGGCCUCUUCUCCCUGUGCUGCAGCUGCAAGUGCUGCAACCCCCAUCAGGCUGCUGGAGCUUUCAUCAACCUCACCUUCCUGCUUCUGGCUGCGGGUGUCUGCGUGUUCGGAGCGAAGGCCCACAUGGACAACAGGGCGCGAGUAAUGGCAGAGGCCAACACAGUGGACCCUCUCUUCAGCUGGAGCUUCUGGUGCGCUGUUGGCGCGGCGGGGAUGUCCCUCAUCUCCAGCGUCCUGUACUUCUGUGUGGGACGCGCGGAUGACUACUCAUGCUGAGGUGGCAACAUGUAGGUCAAGGUCAACAGGUCAAGGUCAGGAGGGCAAAUUUGAGAAUUCAUUUGACCUUUGUCAUCUUGGCUGCCUUCCACUGCAACAGGGAUUAUUUUCUUCCAACAACUAACAAAAAUAUAGUUUUUGAGACUAAUUUUAACAGAAAUUUGAUGUUUUAUCAAGCCCAAAGUAUACUGGAAUGUCAUUUUGUUGUGAAAAUACACAGACAUCUCCAGACUUUUAACGCACAUCAAGUCAGUGCUACCUGUAUUUAUCUAAACACCUGAAGUUUUCACUGUAAAUGCACACAGUUGGUGUGGUCAAUAUACCAAUGGAAAAUCUUGGCCACUAUUUUCUGGUCGUGGACCCACUUAUGAUCAUGUGUUUUUAGGACGGACUUGGCACCAGGUGUCUAGACAACACCCAUUGCGUCUUGUUGUGCGUGGAGGACAAGGAGAUGCUCUGACUCGAGCGAAACAGUGUUAAGUGCUGGUGUUAUCUG